AACGUACCUGUUUCCGGUUCAAAAUGAAAUUUUGAAAUUAAAAUGUAUAUGCAGAUAUUUUGAAUAUUUCGGGGCAUUUCUUCAGCCAUGGCAUUGAAAUGUGACGUCUGCAAUGUCCCGAUCCCAUCAGAUGAUUGUAUGGGUACUCAUGUUAAAGGUCGUCGCCACGUUCAAUUAGCCCUUCUGCAAGCCAAACAGAGGGACCAAGCAGAGAAAAGUCUAUAUGUAAGAGGCUUCCACAAAAAGACUAAAGAAUCUGAUCUGAAAAACUACUUCCUUGGAUUUGGCCCAGUAAAUAAAGUUUUCAUUGAAAAUAAGAAGGGGAACUAUGCUAUUAUUGAAUUCCAUCAGAAACAGAGUGCAACUAAAGCAUUAGAACAGAAACCCCACCAUAUUGGUCAAUAUACCAUUGAAGUGAAACCAAGAAGAUUCAAUCCCCCCAAGGCAAGAAAUAAUGAGACAUCUAAGGCUCGCGAGGCAGCGGUUGUUGACCCAAGCAUCCAGGCGGCACAGGCCAGCAGCAAGGCUUUGUUAAUGGAGAAGCUUCAAAAAUGUUCUGAUGUUGCUGGUCAGAUGGAAUGUUUAAAAUCUGAGUUGGAGCUAACGGAGGGAGAUGUACAACUGCGAUGUCUCAUAUGUGAUAUGCUGCAAACUAUCUUUGUGGAGUUCUUUCCAGGCUGUGAGGUGCAUCAGUUUGGUUCCUCAGUGAAUGGAUUUGGAGUGAUUGGUUGUGACAUGGAUAUAUUUAUUGACUUGAACCUCGACAAAAACAUCAGCCAGCCAGGUACAUCUAGAUCUGGCCAGAUGCCAUAUGUUGGAGACAUCAAGCUGCUGAGGGGGAAAAAUGGCCUGUUAUCUAGAGAUGAGCUGAAGAGACUACCCCAGAGUGACCUAAUACGACUUGUGAGUCGGAUUCUACAACAGUGUGCACAGGGCUGCAAGAACAUUAUUACUGUUACAAAUGCUCGCUGUCCAGUUGUGAAGUUUGAUCAUGAGCCAAGUGGUUUACAAUGUGACAUCACAAUAAAUAAUAGAAUCGGGCUCCAGAAUACAAAGCUUCUACAGGAAUACUGUAAGAUCUUUCCUCUGUUGCGUGUACUCAUCUUCACAGUGAGAUACUACUUUAAACUGAAGGAACUGUCACGUAGUGAGAAAAUGGGUCCCCAGCUUAGUAACUAUGCCUUGUGUAUGUUAGUGCUGUUCUAUCUACAGACACAGCACAAUCUUCCCACUGUUGAGACCUUACAGAAGCAAGCUGGUAUUGAAGAACAUUGUGUCAUAGAUGAUUGGGAAUGUGGAUUUUCAACUAGCAUAGAACCUGUCACCUGUACGCAGCCAAUAGACUCACUUCUGGCUGGCUUGUUUGAAUUCUACAUCAAUUUUGAUUUCAAUUCUCUCGUGAUAUGCCCUCUUACUGGGAAGACGAAGCUAAUUGCUGAUUUCUUUGACAAAGACAAGCUCCCUGAUAAGCUCAAGAAUUUUAAGGUAAUGCCAAUGUGUGUUCAGGACCCAUUUGUAUUGAACCACAAUAUUGCUGCCACCAUCAAUGACAAGACAAGGACUAAAAUCAUUGCAGAACUGAGUGUAGCUCACAGGAAAUGUCAAAGCGAAAUAUUUAGCAAGCCUCAGGUAGAUGACAGCUGGGGACUGACAUACUUAUUGUCCGGUGAGCUCCCUCCUGGAGGGGUCAGUGCCACAACUGCUAUGUCUAUACAGCUCCCCCUGGCCACACAGGCAGUUCAAGUUGUUGGGUCAUCUUUAAGCUUGAACCCAGCCACUUUUCCCAUCAACCUACCAGGGUGUAACGUUAUGAAUGAAUUCACCAAGGCACUAUUGCUAGAUCCCAAUGGGAAACAUGUCUGGUGUCAGCGUGUGUGUCGUUUUGUUCAUAAGGUCAUGGAAAAUGUAUUGGGAUUUACCUGCAUCGUGAAAUCUCAACAUGGUCUUGAAGAAGGGCAACUUGGACCAAACGUUAACACUUUGUUGAACCCUGCAGGGGGAUCAGUGUGUAAGGAGGGUGACAGCGAUAAGACAACAAAGAGACUUUCACCUGAUAGUGAUAUCUCGAAUAAUUCAAAGAAAUCAAAAUUGGACAACAGUUGCACAGUCGAUGCAGAGGUGUCGGAUAUGAACAAUACGGGUGAUAGAGCAGCAAAUAAUCAAAAUGGUAUCUGUGGUAACAUUGGGAAUUCUGAUCAAAUCAGUCCCAGUUGCCCCACAGUGAUUAAAGUAGCAAGCAGUAACACUGAAUUGCUUCAGGCAAUGUUUAACACCAGUGAAAGUGGGCAAAAGAAGGUUGACACGAUUGCUGAAGAGCAAUCCAAAGAUUCAGAAGAUUCAAAAACCUUAAAUGACAGUAUAGACAAUACCAAAGAGAUCAGUCUUACAUGUACUAAUUCUUUUGGCGUUUGGGAAAACAGAAAAAAGGUCAGGCAAAAAAUAUUACGAGAAAAACAAAUAGAUGAUUCAUUAGAGCUGGAAAAACUUAUCACGCAAUAUAUAAUGAAGGAUAGCGCUAGAAAAUGUACAAUUCCCGUGGAAUUUACAAUUUGCUUGAAAAGUAAUGUGGGGUCAACUAAUUCAUGUGUCAAUGUGGAGAUCAAAGACACGAAGGGACAUACAUCUAGCUUUCUGGGCUUUAUAAAGCCGUAUCUGAUCAGAAUUAUAAACAGAUAUCUAGAUUGAUUGACAAUUAUCUUGGUGUAUACCUACUUUAGAACUGUACUGCUAUUUAGCUGUUAAAUUUUGUCACAGCAUGAGUAUCUAGAAGUAUCUAGAAAGUUUAUUUUCAUGCUUUCUGAGGUGAAAUAUAGAAAGCUGAAAACGGUUGAAGAUGGUGCCAUCAGCUCUUCCUUGAUUAACAAGUUUCCAAGACAAUUACACAUAAUUGAGUAUACAUAACAGAGUAUUACAUUGGGUGUGAUAUAUGAACCAUAUUUAUAUGCGUACAAUAGUUAAGCAUUGGAAAUAUGGGUUAAUCUAGAUGCAUGUUUCAAGAAUUUGUGAACUGAGUUUAUAAUGAAUGGUGCUUCCAAGUGUAAUAUAAUAUUACAUAAUAAAGGCUGUAUCUGAUGUUGUAUAAGACUUGAUUUUAGAAAUGAAAAAUGCAAUUUUUAGAAUUAAGCUAACGCCCAUGUUUGUUAUAGUUGAAAAUACAGGUUGUUUUGACUGCUGAAUUUAUUUUGUAUUAUUCUUUCAAUAUGUUAUGCUGUUAUUAUAUUAUAUUGCAUAUACAUUGUACAUGAAAAACAGUCUUCAAACUUUGGGUCAUUUGAUGUUGGUUUCAAGUCAUUACCCAAAAAUAUGUUAGUUAAGUAUUAUACAGUUAGUUUCUUUAUAUGCAGGUAGUGGAUCCAAACAAUGCACAUGAAGAAUGAUGUCCAUCUAUUGAUUUAUGAUAAUCAUGUUUCUUUGAUGACUGAAAUAUUUCAAGCAACCUGAUCAGUUGAUGUAAUGUAAAUAUAUCCUUAUUUUCAUGGCAUGUGAUACAUAAUGCACAUUGCACUCCAAAGUCACUGUAUUACAGCAACUUUGGUUGGUUUCUAAAGCAUCUAAUUAACUGUUGAUAUACAAUGUCCUAAAUAAAAACAUUAUUCAAUGAAAUCACAUAAAAAAGUGCCCCAGAAGGAUGUAUUUCAUGAACUUGAUUUGACUUGAAUCAUUAACAAACCUAUAUUAUUUACAUGAUGUACCACCACCCUCUCCCCCAAGACAUUAAGUGAUCAUAAAUUGAUAGGUGCAGUAUUGUAAUUCUGUGGGAUACCCAUUCCUUUGAUGUAGGUUUGUAUCAUUAAUCAAUUUAUUGAUAUGUUUUUAAGUAGGGUAACCAUAGGUACCUGAUAUACAACAGGGUUAAUAUACGAAGCAUUUUAGCAAAAACGUGCUGCUAACUCGAUAAAAGGCCUGUGCUGGCUUGAACUGUCUUUGGUCCUAGCCAGGAUAAAAAUACCUAUUCCUGUCAGAUUAAUACGGG